UGACCGAGUUAGGUCGUGGUCUGACAGCUGGUACGUGGAUCUAGCCAGUAGCCACAGUUUUAUGAUUACGUUUUUAUAAAUCCGUAGGUUACUAAGGUCAGAAAGAGUUGUAGAUCCAUAUGGUCAAGAAAGGAGUGUGAAUUGUUGAAUUUGUUGUAAAAGUUAUUUUUCUGCAUUCUGCCUGAUGCAACAACAUGUCAACACAUGUCAAUCGUCCGCUCUUCUGGAUAAUCAGGAGGUACACUGGGGAAUAUCUCCGAAAAUGUAACAUUUUGAACGAGCGAACACGAGGACGAGUUUCCGGUGCCUCUGUCGGUUACAAACAGCACUCAACGGGAGACGCAAACACCUGUCAUGUCAACAAUGUUCCGACCAUUUGGAGCGCAGGAGGCGGCAGGGGCAGGGGCUCAGAGCGGACUACUCUCCUCAAGUCAGUUGCUGUUGGGUUGGGACUCGGUAGUGCGGCAGUUCUGCAUUUCAGAGGGGACGAGGAGGACGUUUGUGAGAGGAGAGGUUUACUUUGUGAUUCGAUCCUAGAACGUGUCUUGCCAACAGCCCACUGUGCAUCUCCUUUUAAACCCGACAGUCCACGAUUCAAGUUCAACUUCAUUGCGGAUGUGGUGGAAAAAUCUACGCCCGCUGUCGUGUAUAUUGAAAUCGUCGGCAGGCACCCGUUCUCCGGUCGGGAAGUCCCCAUCUCCAACGGUUCUGGUUUCAUUGUCAGCAGUGAUGGGCUCAUAGUCACCAAUGCUCAUGUAGUGGCCAAUAAGAGAGGAGUCCGGGUCAAGCUAACCAAUGGGGAGACGUAUAACGCCACUGUGCAAGACGUCGAUCAGGUGGCGGACAUAGCCACUAUAAAAAUCAAUGCCCAGCACCCUCUCCCUACUCUCUCUCUGGGGCUGUCGUCGGAUGUGCGUCAGGGGGAGUUUGUGGUUGCCAUGGGCAGCCCGUUUGCCCUGAGGAACACCAUCACGUCAGGUAUUGUCUCUUCAGUCCAGCGGGGCAGCAAGGAGCUGGGUCUGUCCAAACCCAACAUGGACUAUAUCCAGACAGACGCUGCCAUCGAUUUUGGGAAUUCUGGAGGGCCUCUGAUUAAUCUGGAUGGUGAGGUGAUCGGCAUCAACACCAUGAAGGUGACGGCAGGGAUCUCCUUCGCGAUCCCCUCGGAUCACGUCAAACACUUCCUGAACCAAGCCUCCGACAAGAAGAAGUCUCGAUUGGGGGUGUUGGACACCAAGCGGAGAUACAUCGGGGUCAUGAUGCUAACCCUGACUCCAAGUAUCAUUGCCGAGUUGAAGCUGAGGGAUCCCUCCUUCCCUGAUGUCACUUACGGGAUCAUGAUCCACCGUGUCAUCAUAGGCUCUCCAGCCAACAGGGCAGGUAUGAAGCCAGGUGACAUAGUGCUGGAGAUCAAUGGCACCAAGGUGAAUACGUCAGAGGAGAUUUACAAUGCCGUGAGGACCAGCGACAGCAUCACCAUGGUGAUCAGAAGGGGUCAGGACCUACUCAGACUACACAUGACCCCAGAGUUCACAGAGUGAUGUCAUCAAACAUUGCCAGUUAGUGGAGCCACAUGAUAUAGAGGUAGUGUACGAAGAAGAGGACAGUUGGUGCACUGAAGAGGACGGGGAUACUGAAUGAUCCCACCCACAACAUGCUAUCACAUUACUGUCUGUGUGGUUCUACACAUUAAAUAAACCACAGGACAGAAGUCAUGUAAAGAUAUAAGAUGGCCUAUUAACAGAUAGCAGCCGACUUUAAAGCCGAGUCCAGUCUGACUGAUAUACAAAUCACCUUGUAUCAUAAAUAACUACUCCAAUAUUAUUUGUAGAUCCAUCAGUCACAAUUUACACGAUACAUCGCAGUUUUGAUGCUCUCGAACACUGCCUACCAUGGGUUUACAGUCGUGAGAUAAGAUGGGCUAUGAUUAACACAGUAUUAGAUACUGUAACUGAAGGCUGAAGAAAGUGACAGUUGGUUGUGACUGAUUGGGUUCAAACCAAGACACUGCCCUCAACAGACCACCAUGUGAUUUAUAAUGAAACGGAUACUUAUACUAACAUAUUGAGCUAUAAGGCUCUGCACUGAAGUAUUUACAGUUAUGACAUCAAUAUACAGUACAUCCAUCAAUUGACUUGUAUUGUUUUGGUAUUUAAUUACAACCUCAUUGAAGAUCUGAUAUAACCAACAAGAGGUGUGAUUCAAUCCGAUCUGUGGUCGAUCCGCGUUAUAGCAUGCUUGACAUUUUAAAGGUAAUUUUUAAUACAGCCAACAAAUGAAAUGUUUAAAAAUUAAUGCAUCUCUGCUAAUGUGGUGAAAUUGUCUUUAAAAGUUGUAUUGUCUACAAGUGCUUUCAGAUUAAAUCCCGCCCAAGGUUGUAAUUAGGGUUUUCACUAUAAUACACUGUAUCAGUUGUGUGCACAAUAUUUUUACUGAAAGUCACUACAAUAAACUAUUUUAAAAUGUU